UAGACAAUAGCGAUAGCACAGUCGGUGAGCACACGGGUGUAAGUCGAGGACCGCGGAGAUAAGUCUGAUAUUGAUCCGUACUAGCCAGGGGAGCUCGGUCGCCCAGAACGAUCAACAAGAACCUCCUCAAGAAGGACUGAGGCAAAGUGAGAGAAGACUAGCAGAAGGUUAUAACAAACUCCCCACGAUGGCACAGCUCGAAGUCAGACCCCAGGCCCCCAUCAACAAGGAACUGGGUGAAACUCAGACAACUGGAUUUAAUCCCAAUCUCCACACCCUGACGUGGGAGCGCUUGGAAACUCUUCGACUGAAAUCUUUGGGUAUUCCCAACCGCUUUUCUCGGCAUUGUAACACCUUCACCCAAAGAAAUGUGACGAAGAGCCAAGUUCGGCCACCAGUUACACCCACGUUCGAGCAGACCCUCCGAGCCUCCACCCAGCCGGUUUUUACCAAACAGAAGACAACCAAAAUUGGUGCCAUGGGAACCGCCAAAACGCCUAAUUCUCUUGCACCAUUCUACACUCUUGGCAAACCAACGUGCGGCUUUUUCUUCAGCAGAGUCACGGACAACAAGAAGCGAGACUUCGGUAUCCCACCCAGUGAUCUUGUCCAGUGGCGGUCUUUCGUUAUGCACUGAUGUCCGGUCGUGCUCAUGGACAUGGCCGGUGUUUUGCGGCCUGAAAUAUUUAGUGGAAUGUGAUCCCUGAUUGAUCUGUGGGUUGUUGCCAGGUGAUUGAUAUUGUUCAACGUUUUUUAUAGGAUACCCCGCUUCCCGCAGAGUGAAACCACGAACCAUAUACUGUCUCUCCAUCUGUGUCUCUUUGGCCAACACUGUGCUUGUUUCCUCUAUAAACAAUGAUAAACAGUAAAGGAACUACGUCAUCUAACCACGUGCAGUUGGUUUGUAUCGAUAAAAUGUCUUUAAAUACUUUGAAUAUUACUUGAAAACUCCACAUGUCCAAAUUGCCCACACUGACAUGUGUAUUAUUUAAGAUAACUGUGUUGAUUUGUAACUGUGAAAUAUAUUGCCUAAGUGAAGCAUUGUAAAAUGUGUAACUGAGAUUUGGAUAUUUUUAUAUGUAAAAACUCUUUGAAAACAAAGUAUUAUUUUGAGAAUGAUUAUCAUGAAACGUUUUGCUCAAUUUUUGUUGCGUUGUUUAGCAUGUUACACGGUUCAUGUAAAUAUGUAAGAAAGUGUUCAUCCAUGUUUGAUGCUAAAAAUGGAAGAAACAGUCAAAUGUCUUUUCGAUGCAUGGCGACGUAGGGUACUUUAGUAUGUUUUGGCCCCUACGAUUCCAGUGACUGGCUGUUUUCAGCCUUGUGGUGUUUUUUUUUAAUAUUUGAAAUUUAAGUUUCAAGUAUAUACUUUCUUUUGUCCGUUAGUUGAGUUUUGUUUGCAAUCAAAGUCAUACUGUUAUAUAGUGUAGAUAAUACCGAACUCAGUAUUACGUAUUGGAAUGUUCUCCAGUUCUGUCGUUUAUUUUAUCUGUGUUAUAUUACACUCUCCCAGCCAGGAAACGCACAGGUGUUACCUUCACAGCAAGAUAACGUAUGUAAUUCUGGAUCAGUUGCAUCCCAAUUUCACAGUAAAAAAGAUCAAGUUAAUAUGUUCAGGUCAUAGAAGUGAAAGCGUCCGUUCCCAGUUGUCUUCAAAGUUUGAUGUGGCCAGCACGAGCCUCCAAAACUGCUCUGCACCGUCCUUAAAUUCGACCUUGUGGGAUUCUGGCCAAUUCAUCUUGCAGUUGAUCGUCUGAGGCCUGGCUUGACGUUCACGUACGCGUCGGCCAUGGUAAUCCCACAAGCUUUUCGAAGGGUUUGUGGUCGGGUAAUUUGAAAGACCAUUUCAUAAAGCACUGUACUGUUCCCAUUCUGCAGAUAUUGAAUAGGACCAUGUGCUGAGUGACGCCUGGAUCAACUAGGAUGUAAAUAAAAAAUGUUGCACCAUAAUACCCUUUAGUGGUCUCUCAGUACGGGGCCAAGAUAUUGUCUUCUUGCUCGAAAUCCCCCUCUCGUAAACGAUUGCGUUUUGGCACCCUGUAUUCGUUCCAUGUAGACAAAAGAGCACUAUAACGGUGAAAUUAAAACAAUCAGACACACAUUUUGAAAAAUAUCUGAAAUUCUUUAUGUCAGUAUCACCCAUGCGUUUCUGUUUUGGGAGAGAGUGGACUAUGUCUAUACAUGUAUAUGGUUGUUGUGUACAGGCUCACAUGCACGUGUUGUUUAUACUUUCCCAUACAUCAUGCUUGGACAUAUCUAGGUGGGGUUGACUUAUUUUUCUGAGUGAAUUGCACGUUAGAAUUGUUAAUAUUUUGUUUUAUUGUAUAUAAAUAUUAUUCAUGA